AAGAUGGCCUCCACACGGUCGGCGCAGAACGGGACGAAAAAGCGUUCGCCAGAAGAACACACUUUAUCUUCUUACAUCACGGUAGUAUGUCUUGAUGUAUCGCGUGUGGAUACCGGGCUUGAAGAUUGCGCUGAGCCAUGAGGCGUGAAAGCGUGGAAGCGCAGCGAUCGUUGCAUGGUUGCUACCCCUCGACCCGUUAAUUAUCUCGGAAUGCAGCUGCGGUUAAGAACCAGCGCAAGCUUCAAGGGGGUUCGUAGUCGUAAACAUUAGGUGUGUCGGCGUCGCUUUGGGCCGAUACUGAUGCCGCCGUGUAAAAUAUCUGUGUCGAAUAUCAGCCUAGCUAAAAUAAUCCGGCUACGCAUCGACCAACAUUCAGAAACACCAUAAUUACUCCGUUUACGAUGAUGUGUAAUUAGAGGAAAGCAAUGGAAGUAUGAUAAAGGAAGAAAAUAACCAUGAUGAGUUCAGUGACAUAUAAAUAAAUAAAUAAGUAAACAUAUAAAGAAGCAAAUGAAGAAAUGGUUUUAAAUACAUGGUAUGAAUAAACAAGUGAAUGAAUUAACAUGAGAUUUCACGAGAGAGGAAAAAGAAAGUGUCAAACCCUAGAGCUUUACUAGCUUCGUUAUUAAUAUCAUCAAGCUCAGAAGUCGGCGAUUUUUCGGGAUAAAUCCACAAAAGGAGGUAAUGCUUGUAUGGGUUAGCUGGCUGUUGCCUGUGCGGAGGGCAUGGAGACGGAGAGCGUGAAGUCCGGGGCUAGCGAGCAUAGCCAUAGCCAUAGCCACCAUAGUAGAGGCUCGCAAAAGCAUCAUAGAUCACACAACAACAAAUCUCAUCACCACAACCGUCAAUAUUCUCACAGGUCUUCGAGAAGUAGCCGCAGCCAAAGAAAGGAGAGACAGAAUUUGGACUCCAGCGAAAUGGCUCCGUUCCAAACAACUGUUAACGUGCGUGGGGAGAAUGUUGACCACUUGGGCCAAGAGGUGAUCGAAGUGCAGAUAUUGCCUCAGGAUGAAAACUGGGGAGAAAAUACAACCGCGGUUACUGGAAACACCUCGGAUAGGUCAGAGUCAACCGAAGAUGUCAGUAACUGGCAAAACGAGAGUGACGGAUCAUUUGGUUUCACGUGUAACCGUUACGUGGGACCAGCGGUUACAACGGUCCUCGGAAUUAGUGCAUUUCUCAGUCCUAUAGCGAUGGUUGUGCUCCCGAAACUGGGCUUCUUUCCAGACUCAACUAACGUCCUUACCCUUCAACAAAGGCUUCAACGUCUUUCCUGCAACGCAGAGUGUAAGGGGCAGCUUGUAGGUCUGGCUUUCAAGCUUGUCUUGUUAGGCAUCGGGAGUUGGGCAGUCUUUCUCAGACCCGCGAACGCCACCAUGCCUAGAAUAUUCCUAUUCAGAUUUGGUGUACUGAUGCUAACGCUGUUGUGCAUUUGCACGUACUGGCUAUUUUACGUUGUUCAGCUGACAGAAAGUGCGAAGACUGCCGCGAACGGGGAAAUUACAGAGUACAAGAGUUUAGUAAGCUACGCUGGAACCUUGACUGACACCCUCUUGUUUAUACAUUACGUGGCCGUGCUGCUUGUCGAAAUUCGUCACCUACAGCCCACGUUUUACCUCAAGGUGGUACGAUCUCCAGACGGAGAAUCGAGAUCUUACGCUAUAGGGCAAUUGUCAAUCCAGAGGGCGGCUGUAUGGGUUCUGAAAAAAUACUACACGGAGUUUUCUGUUUACAAUCCUUACCUAGAGCGCCUGCCGGUUUCGAAAUCCAAUAGAAAACAGUCUAGUUUCAAGUUCUACGAGGUUGACGGCGGCUCCGGGACCACCGUCACUCAGCGCGGAGCUGGUGGGGACAGAGCAGUCCUCGCAGCUCAAGCUCGUCGACGUGACUCAAGUCAUAACGAGCGUUUUUACGAGGAACAUGAUUACGAGCGCCGAGUGAGAAAGCGUAAGGCACGUCUAAUUACCGCCGCCGAGGAGGCGUUCGCUCACAUAAAACGUCUCCAUUCGGAAGCCGAAUCCGCGCCAAAUCCGGGCCCUAUGGACCCGAUGGAGGCGGCACAGGCUGUUUUUCCAUCCAUGGCGCGGGCCCUGCAGAAAUAUUUACGGGUAACGCGUCAGCAGCCUCGACACUCGGUGGAAUCGAUUUUGGGACGGCUCGCUAGGUGUCUCGCCCAAGAUGCGGCCCCUCGUGCCUUCCUGGAACCAUUUUUCGCGCCAGGUCCUGUCCUGGCUAACGAAAAGGAACGGCAAAGGAGAUCUCAACAUUGGGCCCUGGUUUGCGAAGGGGAAUUGCCGUCAAGAUCUCUGACCUCUGGUUGCGAAUUUCAACUACGUCAGGGGGAAAUCGCACUGCUUUGUACAGUGCAUAGGAUACCGCAUUUUAAUCUCACUGAGCAGCUCGCACAUCCCAAGUCUAACAAAUUUCUGUUACGACUUAAUUCCGAGACUUCUGUUUAGCCUUAACAAAAGAGAAUAAUAGUAGGACAAAAAGAGAUUAGUUAUAAAGUAUUAGUGAUGAAGCAGAAUAACGCGGCGGAUGAAAUCUGGUAAAGAUUUUGGGAGAAUCGCUUUAAUUGAUUUUACUUAGCUUGUAAGUUGUGGUUCAAGGGGAUGCAAGACCGUUCCGUACGGAAAAACUCGUUUUAAUUCGAAAUACAUCAGACGAGCUAUACAGAAGUAUGCAAUAGAUAACGUACCUAAUUGUUCUCAUGAUGCGUAUAAAGUGUAGAAGCAAUUGGAUAGGUCGUGAAAUUCUUCACAAAACGUGUUUAAAGUAUGACAUGAAUUUUCCAUGUAGGUCAAAUACAAAGAUAUACAUCGCCACGGGCAAAUUAUUUCUGUUUUAACUAAUCUACGUGUGGGAAUGAUUAGUCGUUAUCUGUUGAAGAUACGUACUAGCAUUUUUUUUUUUCUUAAUGUCUGUGGUAUUGAAAAUAAAAUCAACUUUAUGAUAGUGCUAUUCGUGAAACUAGGUAAAUUGCAUACUGAACAAAUAUGCAACAUAUGUAUCUUAUUACUUAAGAUGCGCAAAAAUUGCAAGCUGUAGAGUCUACGUUCUUUUU